AGCCCCUGCUUCUCAGGAAGCUCUGCACUUGGAUAAGGUAGAGCUGCAGCCAGGGACAAGCGGAGCAUGCCACGCAAGAUAGAAGGCUUCUUGUUUUUACUGCUCUUUGGCUAUGAAGCCACACUGGGAUUAUCGUCUACUGAGGAUGAGGGUGAGGACCCCUGGUACGAGAAAGCCUGCAAAUGUGAUUGCCAAGGAGGUGCCAAUGCCCUCUGGUCUGCUGGUGCCACCUCCUUAGACUGCAUACCAGAAUGCCCAUAUCAUAAGCCCCUGGGGUUUGAGUCGGGAGAAGUUACACCAGACCAGAUCACCUGCUCCAACCUGGAGCAGUAUGUGGGCUGGUAUUCCUCAUGGACAGCUAACAAGGCCCGGCUCAACAGUCAAGGCUUUGGGUGUGCCUGGCUCUCCAAGUACCAGGACAGCAGCCAGUGGCUACAGAUAGAUCUGAAGGAGGUCAAGGUGAUUUCAGGGAUCCUCACCCAGGGGCGCUGUGACAUCGAUGAGUGGAUGACCAAGUACAGCGUGCAAUACAGGACGGAUGAGAACCUGAACUGGAUUUACUAUAAGGACCAGACAGGAAACAACCGGGUCUUCUAUGGAAACUCAGACCGAACCUCCACAGUCCAGAACCUCCUGCGGCCCCCCAUCAUUUCCCGCUUCAUCCGGCUGAUCCCGCUGGGCUGGCACGUCCGCAUUGCCAUCCGGAUGGAGCUGCUGGAGUGCGUCAGCAAGUGUGCCUGAGGCCUCCCUCAGCUCAGCACCUGCCGUGGUGGGGGGGAGGGUGGAGGGCUCAGAGCAGCCUGUAGGGGAACCCUGACUCGAACAGGGUGACAAACACAGCUGUAUUUUACAAGCUGUUUUCAGUGCAGAGCUGGGCAGAAAGAAUUCCUUUUUUAAAAAAAUAUAGUUUCCAAUUUCAAAGAAAGAGAAAGAAAAAUGAACUUAUUCCCCACUGCAGGCCAAAGAAAAUAAGAACAAAGAAAAUGUCCCUAAAACCAGUUUUCAUACAAAAGCCUAAGUAGCAGGGGUAAUUUGCUGCUCUUGGUUUUUGUUUUUGUUUUGUUUUUGGUCUGACAGUGUGAAAGGUGUGGUCCCAGGGAACACAAAGGAGCCCUGAUAAUUUAAAAACUCUUUUGCUUUACCACACUGAAAACAGGAACAUAGUUUCAUAAAACUUUGAUUUGAAUGCAAAUGGGGAGCAAGCUUGCAGUUUCUCCUUCAAGUUUUCAGUGGAUCAUGGCCUUUUAGGACUUCAGAGUACCAGGUGUGCAGAGGGCAAGGUUUUGGGUGACUGGCUGGCCCAGACGGGUACGACGGUUGGGAGCCUGUGUCCUGGUCUCCUGUGAUGUGUACACACCCAAUCACCCCCGGUAAAAGGGUCUCCUCUGCUCUGAGCUUUCACCCCCAGCACACAAGGAUUGGGGUGGGGGUGGGGGGGGGUGGUUCCAGAGCUCUCACUACAUACAGUUCCAUUCUAGCAAAUUUUUUGUCUGUGGUCGCUACUUGGGUGAAUCCAUGGGACAGGCUGCACAUCUAAGUAGCAAAGUUUCUCUAUCUUUAGGAAAUCCAAAUGACCAAAGCACCCCAGAAUUUCCCCUUAUCUAGGGCUACCAUUUUUCAACAAGCUUAACAUUUUAAAAACAGUUGGCCCGGGAGCUUAUCACUGGCUACACAGAGGAGGCCCAUUAGCUAAGUGCAUGCUUUGCAGGAAGUGGUCAGACCCUAUGUCCUAAGAAGGGCAAUGUGGCUAUGUCUCUUGUGACCCAACUGUUUAACCUCUCCCCCUUGCCUUGCAACACACAAACAUGCCUGCUCCAGAGGCUGAAACGGCCUUGGGAAGGACCGGGCCAGGAAUGGGCCUGGGGAGUGCAUUAAGCGGGGACCUUUAAGGGACAACAGCCUAAGUCUCCUCUAUCCUUUAUAGCUCGGCCUGAGUUUUCAGGCCCUUGCCUGGGAGAGGCUGACAACAUGGGGAAUGGAAAGGAGAGGUAUAUGAAAGUAGGAGCUGAGAGGAGGUGAAACCAGAGGAUGAGGGCCCUCUGUCAAGACUGGGGAAUCCAAGACUGUCCUGGCCUUGACGCCGCUGAACCUCUACUAGAGGCUCAUUUUCUUAAGUUACUUUCUAUUUCAAAUGCCAAGCCAACUGAAUGGACUCACACUCACGCAAUAGUGGACAUCACAUUCACCUUCUCUGUGAGCGGGAAGCCUCCUAAAAGCCCCAAAUCUCUUCCCUGGAGUUUUGGGCUUAGAACAGCUUUAUAUUCAACCCACCAUCUUUCUAAUCCCCAUGCUGUAUACGUGAAGCUGGAAAAAAGCUUUCCUUGCUCAGUAUUCUCUCAAAUACAAACAUAUCAAAUUUAAGGUGGAGGAAAAAAAAAUCCUUCUCUGGCCUUAGGAAAACAUGAAUAAAUCCAUUUAGAGCAGACGCUGGAUCAGAGCCCCUUACUGGAAAGUGAAUGAACUUUUAUCAUAACAUGGAUUGUCAGACAAAAUGGCGGUAGCAUAAGAGCUCAGGUCCUCUACAACAGGCGCACCAGACACAGGAGGGGAGUACAGUUAAGAGGAAAGAAGAAAAGAAUGAAACAGUGUGAGGCAGUGAUAAAGGUUCCCCAAGUAAUUGUUCAUGUUGGAAAUUUUUGUUUUGUAAAGGUUUAAUGAGAUAGUCAUAUACCAUACAAAUUUCACCCAUUUCAAGUGUACAAUGAAUGACUUUUAGUAUACUCAAGAGUGACCAUUAUCACAAUUUCAGAAAAAUUCAUCACCCUAACAAAGAAACCCUGCACCCAUUAGCCAUCGCCCCCCCCCCACCAACUCACCCACCUAGCCCCAGGCAAC